ACCAGUAUCUGAAGUUUCAAAAUGUUUAGUUAAAGAAAAAUCUAACAGUACUUAUAGUAAGAGAGCUCUGAUCAUGUACAACUAUUAUGCAAAGUCAUUCCAGCCAUGGCUAUCAUAUCCUUUUUGUCUCAAGACUCACAGUCUUUUAUGUUUGCUCUUUUUUUCCUAAAGACAACUGUAUGUGGUAUGAGAGAGAUUUGAGUGCUGUUUUUUGCAGGUUAAACGUCUCCAUGGAAGCUCUUUUAAGUCAUGUUUUCACAUGUAACCGGAAAAUAUAAUACUGUAGCAUUCGAAGGGACAUCACUCUUGUUUCUAACAUUGCGCCGCCUAUCGGAUCAAACAGGAAUAACUUUGUGAAUAUGAAGAUUUUACGAGAAAAAAAAGUUAAAAAAAUUUUAGCAUUUUAUAAGAAUUAUUUUCACUUCCGAACACCAUACCAAGUUUUAAUUGAUGGGACAUUUUGUUUAGCUGCACUUAACUAUCAUCUUGAUAUAAAUGAUGUCCUCUCUAAAUAUUUGCAAAGUGAAAUCCGGCUUUUUACCACCUCGUGUGCAAUUGCAGAGGCACAUAGUUUAGAAAAAUUGUUUCCAGGUCUUUUACCUCAACUACGCAGUUGUCAAGUAUGUUCAUGUGGGCACAAAAAGAAAGCAGUAUCAGUAGUUGAGUGUUUCAAGAGUAUGGUCAAUAAUAAUAAUAAUAACCAUUAUAUUUUAUGCACACAGGACAAGAAAAUUCAGAAGGUUCUUCGAAAACAUCCUGGUGUUCCCAUCAUUUUCAUUGAUAGAACUGUCUGUAUUGAGCAACCAAGCAAAGCUUCUCAGCAAAUAGCAACAGAUGGUUUUGCUGGAGAAGUGGAGGAAUUAAAUUAUGAAGACAAAGUAUUAAAUCAGUUAAAAGACAAGAUUUUGGUUAAAAAACCUCAUGUUGAUUUUAAGAAGCGAAAGUCAAAAAAGGGAGCUAAUCCAUUGUCAUGCAAGAAAAAGAAAGUUGUAAAUGCUGUUCCUAGCAUAGACAAUGGCGUCAAAAAAUCUCGCAAAAGAAGAAAAAAAUAUAAGGUUUCUUCUCAUAUUAAAGAACUUUUGAAAAAUAUUCAUCAAUGAAAUACGUUCAUCUCAAUUUCAUUAAAAAUUUAUAAAUAUUA